AUGGUGUGGAGUGGUCCAGCGGGACGGACGGAUUCUAAUGCAGGCGUUUUGUAUGUUUCAGUGGUCGAAGGGUUAGCUCUGCUGGAUUUAGGGGUCUCGCCAUAUUCUGGAGCUAUUUUUCAUGAGACCCCGUUGAUAAUAUAUCUCUUCCACUUCCUGAUUGAAUAUGCUGAAUUGGUGUUCAUGAUAACUGAUGUGCUAACUGCUGUUGCCCUUUACUUGGCCAUUCAGGACUUCAACAAAGUUGUGUUCAAAAAGCAAAAGCUCCUAAUAGAACUGGAUAAAUAUGCACCAGAUGUGGCUGAACUCAUCCGGACGCCCAUGGAAAUGCACUACAUCCCCCUCAAGGUAGCACUAUUCUACCUGUUAAACCCCUACACUGUGAUGUCUUGUGUGGCAAAGUCCACCUGUGCCAUCAACAAUACUGUCAUUGCAUUCUUCAUUUUAGCUACAAUAAAAGGUAGUGCCUUCCUCAGUGCUGUGUUCCUGGCCUUAGCAACAUACCAGUCACUCUACCCUCUCACAUUAUUUGCUCCAGCACUGCUUUACCUUCUACAGCGUCAGUUCAUACCAAUAAAACUGAAAAGUAAAAGCUUCUGGCUCUACACCAUGCAGUAUGCAGCCCUGUACCUGUGCAGCCUAGUGGUGAUCAUCUGCCUCUCCUUCUUCCUCCUCAACUCCUGGGAUUUUAUCCCAUCUGUUUACGGGUUUAUCCUCUCUGUUCCAGAUCUGACACCCAAUAUUGGCCUUUUCUGGUACUUCUUUGCAGAGAUGUUUGAACACUUUAGUCUUUUCUUCGUAUGUGUGUUUCAAAUCAAUGUGUUCUUCUACACCAUUCCCUUGGCAAUAAAGCUAAAGGAACACCCUGUGUUCUUCAUGUUUAUCCAGAUUGCAAUCAUUUCUAUCUUCAAGUCCUAUCCCACUGUGGGAGACAUUGCACUGUACAUGGCCUUCCUUCCAGUCUGGAGCCACCUUUACAGAUUCCUCCGGAACAUCUUCAUCCUGUCAUGUGUGCUCAUUGUCUGCUCCCUCCUGUUCCCCGUUCUAUGGCAUCUAUGGAUUUAUGCAGGAAGUGCCAACUCCAAUUUUUAUUAUGCCAUCACGUUGACUUUCAACAUAGGGCAGAUCCUGCUCAUCUCGGAUUAUUUCUAUGCCUUCCUUCGGCGGGAGUACUACCUCACUCAUGGACUCCAUUUGACAAGGCAAGAUGGGACAGAGGCCAUGCUUGUUUUGAAAUAAGGAUUGUGCCCACCAUUCCC